AAAUCGAAUUUGUCAUUCUGCAAGAAGUUAUGAGUAUUUUAUCAAUUCUAUCCAUAAAUUAAUUAUGUUUUAGUGUUUUGAACGCUUUGUACAUCACAGUUUUCUUUGAAAUAUCAUGGGGAUCUUCCUGUCUGUGUUAUAACAACUAAAAGAUCAUAGAUGCUGUAAAUAUCUUCACAACAUCAAAAAUGUAUCACAGCAGGAUUGAGCCUGAUAAACAAUCUUCUUACAUGGAUGGGAUACCGGUCAAAAUCAGUGAACUUUACAAGCCUCCCAAGAAAAUUACAUUGCCUUUGGGAAUAGUUAAUAGACAGCCUAUUGAGCAUUUUGAAGAGUAUGACUUCCGUUUGGAGAGAAGCACUGCUGAGAAGAUGUCAAGGCUCCGAGAACUGAAGGAGGCAAACAAAGAGAAACGUCGACAACGAUUAGAGGCCGAAAAUAAACGAUUGGAGGAGCUGAAGAAAGCAGAAGAUACAAAACAAACAGAAACUAGACAAGACAGUGACAGUACCCCAACACAAGAAACUGAAAACCUGAAGAAAAUUAGUGAACCUGAGAAAAUUAGUGAAGGAGCAUCGUAUGUGGUUCCGAUUUGUGCGAAAACUAGCAAAGGAGCAUCAUAUGUGAACCCAAUGUGUGCUACUGAACAUAAUAUGUUGACACCUGUACCUGUUAAUCUCCCUGUACCCGUUCAAUCAAUCAGCAAUUUCAACCCAAUCAAGAGCAAUCAACACUUCAACAUCUCAGAUUUUGAAUCUGAUUCAAGUCCUUUCGACAAUAUGGAACUGAAAACUCUGAAUGAUAUUGCUGAGCUGGCAUCUGUACUGCAGCCUAACAAUGAUGUCCCAAAACCGACCUAUCAAAACUACCAGUCCACAGAUAAUCGCAAAGUCCCAAAACCCUCCUAUCAUACCUACCAGUCUCCAGAUAAUCAAGAUGUCCCAAAACCGACUUAUCAAAACUACCAGUCCCCGGAUAAUCGAGAUGUCCCAAAACCGACUUAUCAAAACUACCAGUCCCCGGAUAAUCAAGAUGUCGCAAAACCGACUUAUCAAAACUACCAGUCCACGGAUAAUCGAGAUGUCACAAAACCGACCUAUCAUACCUACCAGUCCAUGGAUAACAAUCAAGAUGUCCCAAAACCCUCCUAUCAUACCUACCAGUCCACAGAUAAUCAAGAUGUCGCAAAACCGACCUAUCAUACCUACCAGUCCACGGAUAACAAUCAAGAUGUCCCAAAACCCUCCUAUCAUACCUACCAGUCCACGGAUAAUCGAGAUGUCACAAAACCGACCUAUCAUACCUACCAGUCCACAGAUAAUCAGAUGUCCCAAAACCUACCUAUCAUACCUACCAGUCACGGAUAACAAUCAAGAUGUCCCAAAACCCUCCUAUCAUACCUACCAAGAUAAUAAUCAGCUGUACAAUCACCAGAGCUACCCUAUAAACAUUCCAGAACGUUCAUACAACAACGGGUAACCUGGUACCAAACAACGGAUAUACCUAUGGGAAUAUGUUCAACAAUACCUCGGUUAGUGAUCCAAAUCCUACGUUUGGGAUCAACAACAAAGAGUUAGUUACUCCAGUACUCUGACAACCACAGCGUUGGGGUACAAGUCCAUAUACGACUGAACCAGGUGUCUAUACCUCCCAGAACAGUGAUAUUAAUGCAGUGAGGCCUAAAAUUGGUGAAUAUAGACUCAACGUUGGUGAGAAUACAGUGUAUUCAAGUGAUUAUAGAGUUAAACUUGGAGAAAGUGCGGGAUAUUCAAGUGACUAUAGACCUAACUCACAAGAAAUACAG